AUGUGUACGACGCCUCAUCCCGCCGAUCCUAGCAGAACCUACCUCCACAUUCCCAUGAACGACGUCGACCACAUCGCACCACACAUCGAGAAGAUCAUCAACUUCAUCGACAACGCCCAUCAAAGCAAUGGCACCGUCCUCGUUCACUGUUCGCUCGGAAUCAACCGCUCAGCAUCCGCCGUCAUCGCCUAUCUCUGCCACCACAACAAGAUCAACUCCACCGAAGCCCUGGCUUUUCUCACCACCAAGAAGAAUGAUGUGCUCCCAUGUACAUUAUUCUUGAAGCAGAUCGACCGAUACUUUCAACGCAAAGCCAGUGGAAAGGAUCCUCUUGGUGGAGGUGGAUUCCCUAGAAAUAUACGGGCACGGAAGAUUGGAGGAGGAGUUGGAAAUAAUUCGAAAACUUGUGUUUGA